AUGCAGGAUCGCACGUAUGAGAGGAAUGUGCAUUCAACUCUUCGACCUGGGACAAAGAGUGCCAGCAAGGCUCGCAGAUCUCAAUUGUCCAGCUCCCGGUCCAGCUACGAGGAGCGAGACUCUGAGGCUGUGGAAGUCAAGAAGAGGGCUCAGUCUCACGGGUCACAAAUCAACCACACCACAAGGUACAAAGACCAUGUGCUGUAUGAGGCCACGGAAGUGAGCAGCAAUGAGGAAGAGUCUGAUGAAGUAGAUGAACAUGAGAUCCCUGGCGAGGAUUUGGACGCAACAAUGCUUAGUGACGAGAUGGAGAGUUCCGACAAAUAUGAUUCUAAUGAUGAAUUUAUAGACAAUGGACCUAUAAAGAAGGACUGCAGCAAUGAGGAGUCGAUAAAACCCGCUGUAAAGCGCUCCAGACGUGCGAAGGAGAGUAGGGUUAAGGAGAGACGUGUGAAGAAGGAACUGAUCGGGACUGAAAAGAACCCAUUUCUCCCCAACCCUACACCGGAAGAGGACACUAGAAACAGACAGUGGGAUUCUAUGAGGUGUAAAACAGUAAAGCCAAAUAACAACACACAGGCCCCGUUGAAACAAGAUUCGCCGGGCUACAAUUGCAGGCUUUCAGACUCAGAUUCCUAUGUCUGUGAGGUGCCUCGGGGCGGGGCCAAUGCCGAUAUAAAAGGCCCUCCUGUCCCAGUCGACCAUGCCAGACAAGGAAAGAGACGUUCGCACAGUAAGACUCAGAAACGUGAAAUAACAGAGCAUGGGAAACAACAAGAAUCACUCAGCAACUACCCAGAGGCUACAACUUCACGGUGGACCCCUGGUGCUGCACAGACACAGGGGCCGAAGUUUCCUGGAGAGGCUGCAGUCUUUGCUAAUUUUACCAAGCAAGCUGCAUGGGCUAGUGACAGCCUUGAAUCUGAUCAGGAGGACCAGAAGGACCGUGACCCUGUAGAGGAACAUUUUGGCAGUGAGGAUCACUCAAACCAGUUAAACGGGAGUGCAUCGGAGGACGAGAACCAUCCAGAGCACGAGGAUUCAGAUCUGGGGCUUGACAGCGUGAACGCCAAACUGGACAGGCCCAAAAUAGACUAUGACAAUAACAAUUGUGCCACCCUUAAUAUUUUAUAUUUGCAGUGA